AUGGUAGUUGGUAGCAUGGUUAUUCCAAAAUAUUCUGAUCCUAAGACAAUUUACAAACCAAAAGACAUUCAAUUUGACAUGUUGUCUGAACACGGCGUGAAUCUAACCUACAUGCAAGCCUGGAGAGCAAAGGAAAAGGCUUUACAGUUUUUGAGAGGUCAUCCUGCUGACUCCUGCAGCAAAUUGCCUAGUUAUUUGUAUAUUCUAGAGAAGACUUAUCCAGGGUCUGUAGUUAAAUUGAAGAAGACAGAUGAUGACUGCUCCUUGUAUGUAUUUGUUGCGAUUUGUACGUCAAUCAGUGGUUGGGAAUAUUGUAGGCCAGUUGUAGUAGUUGAUGGGACCUUUUUAAAGUCAACAUACAAGGAAAUAAUGCUAACAGCCAGUACAAUGGAUACGGCAGGUACCAUAUUACCAUUGGCAUAUGCUGUUGUUGAUUCAGAUUACCAUAUUCAUACGCGGUCAUACACACUUGAUGAAUUUAAUGAAAUGAUGUCAAGGAUUGAGGAGAUUGACACCCGUGUUAAAGCAUACUUAUACGAUAUUGGAUAUCAUAGAUGGUCUCGAGUAUAUGCUACGAUAAACAGAACUUGGACUAUGACAUCAAACAUUGCAGAGUCAUUGAAUGUUGUAACAAAAUAUGCAAGAGAGUUGUCGAUAGUAGAACUAUUAGAGUAUAUGAGGACCCUUCUUGAACGUUGGAUGAAAGAAAAAUUAUUGAAAGCAAAGGGUACAUUCAAAUACCUUGGAUACAAAUUCAACAAAGAGUUGGAUGACCACAGAAUAUUGUCGCACAAACUUAGAGUGAUGGCUUCAACAGACUACAUCCAUACAGUAAUAGAUGGUGUGAGGCGCUAUAUUGUUUGUCUUGAAAACAAGAAAUGUAGUUGUGGGCAAUUCCAGCUUGAUGAAUUACCUUGUCCACAUGCUUUGGCUACUUUAAGACAAAGGGAUGAGUCUUUUGAAGGAUAUUGUUCUCCUUAUUACACAAGGGUGAACCUCUUGCGUACGUAUGAAAUACCAGUAAAUCCGCUGCCUGAUGAGAGCAAAUGGAAUGUGCCACAAUAUAUAACUGAAGAAGUAGUAAAUCCACCUAAAGGAGGGAAAAGACAGCUAAGAAAACCUCAAAAAGAAAGAUACAAAACAUAUGAUGAAAUAAAUUCAAAGAAGUACAAGGUUUCAUGCGGCAACUGCGGGGGAGAGGGGCAUAACAAAAGAUAUUGCAAGAAUGCGCCCAAAAUGAAAUAA